AUGACGCCGUCUGUGGGAAGCGAUCGAGAUUCAUUUAUGAAGAAGAAGCUUGAUCUCUGGAAGUUGGAUUCAGAUCGGCGAGCUCAUGGUCUGUCUUGCAGAGGCUUGUUUCUAAUUGAUUUUUGGAAAUUGGAGUCGUAUUUGCACAAUCGCGAUCUAUUUUACGGAGCCAAAUCUGAUGAGCUCACGCUAGUUCAGAUCCCUCAUGAAGAUCCUCUGGUCGUUUGCUUGAUAGUGGCAGAAUGUUUGGUGCGAAGAGUCUUAAUUGAUCUGGGGAGCAGCGCGAAUGUCAUACCAAGAAUAACGUUUGACUGGCUUGAGAUCAAGCCAGAAAAGCUCAAACCCACUGGAAAUCCCUUGUUGGGAUUCAAUGGGGAGCAAGUGGAACCUAUUAGUAUGGUAAAAUUGCCAGUACGAGCUGCUGAAAGAGAUCUGAUUGAAAGUUUUGUAGUCGUCGAGAUCCAUCCGUUUUACAAUCUCUUGAUAGGAAGAGGGUGGAUUCACAGGGUCCAGGGUGUCUCGUCAAUUCUGCACCAAGUGAUGAGAUGCUUGAGCCCGGAUUGGAGCAAGGUGACUGAUAUUCAUGGGGACCAGAUAGAUCCUCAUAGACCAAAUAGAACCACAAGGGUAGGGUCAGGGCUUGCAAAGAAAGAGAAACAGCAGUUAGUUGAUUUCCUGUCUCAGAACGCAGAUGUGUUUGCCUGGAGCCAUUCAGAUAUGCCAGGAAUCAAUCCCUCUAUAUUUUGUCAUUCCCUCAAUGUAGAUCCGAGCGCCAAGCCUGUAAGACAGAAGCAGAGGAGGUUUACCCCAGAGCGCAAUCAAAUCAUAGCUGAUGAAAUUAACAGAUUGCUGGAGGCAGGAUUCAUCAGAGAAGUUCAGUAA